GCCCGGGAGGAGGCGGUGCGCGGCCGCCUCGCGUGGGUGCCGGAGCCGCCCGGAGCCGUGGAGCCAGCAGCCCAGGUCGCCGAGCACACGACACGUCGGGUCUUGCAGCAAACCCGCAGUGAUCACAGGUGCCCAGACACCAUGCCACAACCCUGCAGAACCGACAUUGCCAGGAAGUAGAAGACUUCCUUGUUUCCUCUGUCCCCCAUCCUCACCAUGUCUUCGACUCAGGGCAGUGGGGAACACUGGAAGUCACUGGAGUCUGUGGGCAUCAGCCGCAAAGAGCUGGCCAUGGCCGAAGCCCUGCAGAUGGAGUAUGAUGCUCUGUCCCGGCUUCGGCACGACAAGGAGGAAAGCAGAGCCAAGCAGAACACAGACCCCUCUCUCAUCAGCUGGGAUGAGCCUGUCCUAGACUUCUACAACAAGCCAGCGGGAAGGCGGAAGGACCUCAAGCUCUUACGUGGUCUUUCUGGCUCUGACCCUACCCUCAAUUACAACUCGCUCUCCCCACAGGAAGGGCUGCCCAACCACUCUACCUCCCAGGGCUCCCAGCCUGGCCCAGAUCCCUGGCCCAAAGGCUCCCUGGCCGGAGACUAUCUGUACAUUUUUGAUGGUUCAGAUGGGGGGCUCUCUUUGUCCCCAGGACCGGGGGACACAGAUGACUCUUUUAAGAAACUGUCCCCACCUCCUCUGCCUCCCCGAGUCUCUAUCUGGGACACUCCUCCUCUGCCUCCCAGAAAGGGGUACCCCUCAUCCUCCAAGAUCUCCCAGCCCAAUGACAUCAACACUUUUUCUCUGGUCGAACAACCUCCAGGCAAACUGCUGGGGCAUCGGCUCCUAGAAGAGGAAGAGGAGCUGGGAGGUGGGGGUCCAGGGCGCCUACUGGGGUCCAUGGACUACGACGGUAUCAAUGAUGCCAUUACACGGCUCAACUUGAAGUCAACCUAUGAUGCAGAGAUGCUGCGGGACGCCACCAGGGGCUGGAAGGAGGGCCGGGGACUCCUGAACUUUGGCAAGGACACUCCUGGAAAGCCUGUGGCCCGGAGCAAGACCCUGCCCCCUCAGGUGCCCCCCCGCACCUACACCUCCCGCUAUGCCAACCGGAAAAAUGGGACACCUGGCAAGGAUCUCCAGAUUUCUGCAGCUCCGGUGGGCUCCCGGCCCCACGCCGUCACCAAUGGCCAUGAGUUGUUUGAGGUCUCAGAGGAGAGAGAUGAGGAAGUUGCUGCGUUCUGCCACAUGCUGGAUAUCCUCCGAUCUGGCUCUGAUGUCCAAGACUACUCCCUCACUGGGUAUGUCUGGAGCACUGUCACCCCAAGCCCGGAGCACCUCGGGGAUGAGGUUAACCUGAAGGUGACCGUGUUGUGUGACAGCCUGCGGGAGCCACUCACUUUUACCUGCAACUGUUCCUCCACUGUAGACUUGCUCAUCUACCAGACCCUGUGCUAUACCCAUGAUGAACUGAGGGGUGUCGAUGUGGGUGACUUCGUGCUAAAGCCCUGUGGGCUGGAGGAAUUCCUGCAGAACAAGCACGCCCUGGGCAGCCACGAGUAUAUUCAAUACUGUCGAAAGUUUGACAUCGACAUUCGGCUACAGCUGAUGGAGCAGAAAGCUGUACGCAGUGACCUGGCCCGGACGGUGAAUGAUGACCAGAGCCCCUCCACCUUGAACUACCUCAUCCAUCUGCAAGAGAGGCCAGUGAAGCAGACCAUCAGCAGGCAGGCCCUGAGUCUUCUGUUUGACACUUACCACAAUGAGGUGGAUGCCUUCCUGUUGGCUGAUGGGGACUUUCCACUGAAGGCCGACAGGGUGGUCCAGUCCGUCAAGGCCAUCUGCAAUGCCCUAGCCGCUGUGGAAACCCCGGAGAUCACCAACGCUCUCAACCAGCUGCCCCCCUGCCCUUCCCGAAUGAAGCCUAAAAUUCAGAAGGAUCCCACCGUCUUGGCUGUGAGGGAAAACCGAGAGAAGGUGGUGGAAGCCCUGACAGCCGCCAUCUUGGACCUGGUGGAGCUGUACUGCAACACAUUCAAUGCAGACUUCCAGACAGCCGUGCACGGGAGCCGCAAGCAUGAUCUGGUCCAGGAGGCCUGCCAUUUUUCUGGGCCCCUGGCCUUUACGGUCUAUGCCACCCACCGCAUCCCCAUCAUCUGGGCUACCAGCUAUGAAGAGUUCUACCUCUCCUGCUCCCUCAGCCAUGGCGGCAAGGAGCUGUGCAGCCCCCUGCAGACCCGAAGGGUUCACUUCUCCAAGUACCUCUUCCACCUCAUCAUCUGGGACCAGCAGAUCUGCUUCCCUGUGCAGGUGAACCGGUUGCCUCGGGAGACCCUGCUGUGUGCUACUCUCUAUGCUCUGCCCAUCCCCCCACCCGGGAGCUCCUUGGAGUCCAAUAAGCAGCGGCGGGUGCCCGAAGCCCUGGGCUGGGUCACUGCUCCGCUCUUCAACUUCAGGCAAGUCCUGACCUGUGGCCGGAAGCUUCUGGGCUUAUGGCCAGCAACACAGGAAAGCCCCAGUACCCGUUGGAGUGCACCUAAUUUCCAUCAGCCAGAUAGUGUCAUCCUGCAGCUGGAAGGGACUUUAGCGAUCACCAAGUCCAACAAGGUUAAUUUACAGACAAAGAAUCUGAGGAUUGACUUUCCCACCUCGGCCUUCGACAUCAAGUUCACCAGCCCGGCUGGAGACAAGUUCAGCCCCCGCUAUGAGUUUGGCAGCCUCCGGGAGGAAGACCAACACGUGCUUAAAAACAUCAUGCAGAAGGAGUCGCUGUACUGGCUCACUGAUGCGGACAAAAAGAGCCUGUGGGAGAAGCGGUAUUACUGCCACUCGGAGGUGAGCUCACUGCCCCUGGUGCUCGCUAGCGCCCCCAGCUGGGAGUGGGCUUGCCUGCCCGACAUCUACGCGCUCCUGAAGCAGUGGACCCACAUGAACCACCAGGAUGCCCUGGGGCUCCUGCAUGCCACGUUCCCAGACCAGGAGGUGCGUCGUAUGGCUGUUCAGUGGAUUGGCUCCCUCUCUGAUGCUGAGCUGUUGGACUACUUGCCCCAGCUUGUGCAGGCCUUAAAGUAUGAGUGCUACCUGGACAGCCCCUUGGUGCGCUUCCUCCUGAAACGAGCUGUCUCUGACUUGAGAGUGACUCACUACUUCUUCUGGUUGCUGAAAGACGGCCUCAAGGACUCUCAGUUCAGCAUCCGCUACCAGUAUCUGCUGGCAGCCUUGCUGUGUUGCUGUGGCAAGGGGCUGAGAGAGGAGUUUAACCGCCAGUGCUGGCUUGUCAGUACCCUGGCCAAGCUGGCCCAGCAGGUCCGGGAGGCUGCCCCGUCUGCACGGCCGGGGAUUCUCCGCACGGGCCUGGAGGAGGUGGGGCAGUUUUUUGCCCUCAACGGCUCCUGCCGCCUGCCGCUUAGCCCCAGUCUGCUGGUUAAGGGUAUCGUGCCCAGGGACUGUUCCUACUUCAACUCCAAUGCAGUCCCCCUCAAGCUCUCCUUCCAAAAUGUGGAUCCGCUGGGCGAGAACAUCCGUGUCAUCUUCAAGUGUGGGGACGACCUUCGCCAGGACAUGCUGACCCUGCAGAUGAUUCGCAUCAUGAGCAAGAUCUGGGUCCAGGAGGGGCUGGACAUGCGCAUGGUCCUCUUCCGCUGCUUCUCCACUGGCCGUGGGAGAGGGAUGGUAGAGAUGAUCCCCAACUCUGAGACCCUGCGCAAGAUCCAGGUGGAGCACGGGGUGACCGGCUCCUUCAAGGACCGGCCCCUAGCCGACUGGCUGCAGAAGCACAAUCCUGGGGAGGAUGAGUACGAGAAGGCUGUAGAGAACUUCAUCUAUUCUUGUGCUGGCUGCUGUGUGGCCACGUACGUCUUGGGCAUCUGUGACCGUCACAAUGACAACAUCAUGCUGAAGACGACUGGCCACAUGUUCCACAUAGAUUUUGGCCGUUUCCUGGGCCAUGCCCAGAUGUUUGGGAACAUCAAGCGGGACCGUGCCCCCUUUGUCUUCACCUCGGACAUGGCGUAUGUCAUCAACGGGGGUGACAAGCCUUCCAGCCGCUUCCAUGAUUUUGUUGACCUUUGCUGCCAAGCCUACAACCUCAUUCGCAAGCACACCCACCUCUUCCUCAACCUUCUGGGCCUGAUGUUGUCCUGUGGGAUCCCUGAGCUCUCAGACCUGGAAGACCUCAAGUAUGUGUACGAUGCCCUGAGGCCUCAGGACACAGAGGCCAAUGCCACUACCUACUUCACCAGGUUGAUUGAGUCCAGCCUCGGCAGCGUAGCCACAAAGCUCAAUUUUUUCAUUCAUAACCUGGCUCAGAUGAAGUUCACAGGCUCAGACGACCGGCUGACCCUUUCCUUUGCUCCCCGAACACACACUCUCAAGAGCUCUGGCCGCAUCAGUGAUGUGUUUCUCUGCCGCCACGAGAAGAUCUUCCACCCCAACAAAGGCUAUAUUUAUGUGGUAAAGGUGAUGCGAGAGAAUGCUCAUGAGGCCACUUACAUCCAGAGGACAUUUGAGGAGUUCCAGGAAUUACACAACAAGCUGCGGCUGCUCUUCCCUUCUUCCCUCCUGCCCAGCUUCCCUAGUCGCUUUGUGAUUGGCCGCUCACGGGGAGAGGCGGUGGCGGAGCGACGGAGGGAGGAGUUAAAUGGCUACAUCUGGCACUUGAUCCACGCAGCCCCUGAGGUGGCCGAGUGUGAUUUGGUGUACACCUUCUUCCACCCCCUGUCCCGGGAUGAGAAGGCUGCGGGCACCAGCCUGGCUCCCAAGUCCUCAGAUGGCACAUGGGCCCGGCCGGUCGGGAAGGUUGGGGGAGAGGUGAAGCUGUCCAUCUCCUACAAAAACAACAAACUCUUCAUCAUGGUGAUGCAUAUUCGGGGCUUGGGGUUAUUGGAUCAAAAGAGACAAAAGAUAUUGGGCAGAGAUAUCUGGGGACAUGAUGGUUCAUUCAGAACAGACCAAGUUUUGGAGUGCCCUGAGCAUUCGUAUACAAAGUAUAGACUGGAUAUCAUAGGCAAUCUGAUUGAUGUUUUAGGAGGACACCUUAACGUUACCAUGCAACUGCUCCAGGAUGGGAAUGAUCCCGACCCCUAUGUCAAGAUUUACCUCCUUCCCGACCCUCAGAAAACCACUAAGAAGAAAACCAAAGUGGCCCGAAAAACGUGCAACCCCACCUACAAUGAGAUGCUGGUAUAUGAUGGAAUCCCCAAGGGAGACCUGCAGCAGCGGGAGCUACAGCUGAGUGUGCUGAGUGAGCAAGGAUUCUGGGAGAACGUUCUGCUGGGGGAGGUGCACAUCCGCCUGCGAGAGCUGGACCUGGCCCAGGAGAAGACCGGCUGGUUCGCACUGGGAUCUCGAAGUCAUGAGACCUUAUGAGCCCAGCGGAGCCGUGGCCCAGGACCCCAGGCUCAUGGCAGAGCAGGGGAAGAGGACUCUCCCUGCUUGACUUGUCCCUUCCUUGUGUAGGGGCAGGGCCCUUGGUGGGGGUUCCCUCUGUCCCGGCGGAUCGGGCCUCUGUGGUAGGAGGCAAGGAGAGUAAAGAUGCUCUCUGCUAUCCGCUCCUCUGCAGACUGCGUUUGGGUUGGUUGUGAUGAGCAGCCCCUUGGAGGCUGUGAGGGUGCAGCAAAGUUUUAAGUUUACCUUGUGUCAAGGGAGCAAUGCCUGGUUUGAGGUGUGUGGGGUGGGCUGUAGAAGUAGAAUUUGGGGGGAGGGUGGGUGGAUAUCUUUAUUUUUAUUUUUAAAAAAUGAAAUAGUAACGUUGUCCUAACUGGACAGGAAGCCUUGUGAGAAGGGACUUACAUGUGCCUCAGAAGGCAAAACAGGAAUUGGACUUUUUGUAUGAUUGAGGUUCUUAUUGGACUUUUCCCUAGGAUUUUGUUUGUUUGUUGUUUUUGCAUUUCUAUCUAUAGGAAUUAUUUGGGGAGGGGCCCAGUGGGCCCUCAGUUAGUGCCCUCCGUCUCUGAGGCAGGUCGGGAGGGACAGGGAGGGCUGCGUGAGCUGGACUGAGGCCUGCGCCACUGGGCCUUUCUGAUUUUGCCUCCAAAGGAGAGCGAUGUGAUACCUACGUGUGUAAGGAAGGGCUUUCCGUAUGGAGGUCUGCAGAGGACCUGUGUUCAGGGACCUGGGGUCUUCUGGGGGGAGUUUUUCCUCUCGUCUUCCCCUACUUUGCUAGGACUUGCCCUGAAUACUGUCUUCUACCCCUCCAUUCAGCUCUUCUGGGGGUCAUCUGGUCCCUGUGAAUAUGCCUGGGUGCUCCCCCAUAGGUCUCUCCCUUCAUUUUUCUCUGGUGGGAUAAACUGCUGCCUCGACCCUUAGGUUUGGUUUCAUCCCAGGGUGUCUUGGCCCUAGGAAUGGGCCUCUAGGCUGCAGAUGCCAGCGUGGCUGGCUGUUGGGUGGUUUCUGGGAAGCUUUUCUCGUCACCCACCACUCCUUUUGUUUUGCUGCUUCUCUCCCAAACUCCAUUUCUGUCACAUUUUUUUAAAUAAGAAUUUCUCUCAUUCUGUGGGGCCAUAAACCUAUUUUGUCUGGAGCCAAAGGGAUGCCCCAGCUGAAGAAAAGGGGUGCGGGUGAGGGAUCCCAUCAAAACUUGUUUUUUUCCAGUGAUUUUCUUUGGUUGUGAGGAGGCUGGAUUGAGCUGAGCUGGAAGGGAGAGACUGGGUCUCUGACCUCUUAAUACUCUUCAUUCCCUACCAAAUGGAUUUGAAAUUCACUCAUGUGCUUUACUUCGAAAGGUUGUCUUCCUUGAAAAAAGGAGAGACUUUAAAUUUGAUAUUAACUUUCUAAAUUGGCCGGUUGUGCCCGGUGAUUGGGGAAUGGAGUUAAGUGGGGAUACGAUGUGGACUGUCCCUCCCCAGCUCCAAGGAUCAGAAAUUCCCCCUUUCGCCGACUCAUUCCAUAACUGGAGAAAGAAGCUCCAUUCAUUGAAGCCACAGAGCAGCAAGGACGUUUAAACUUUUAAAUUAAAAAUGUCAAGGAUAAAGCGGGCUGCUGUGGGCAGGGGUUAGGGGAGUGGAGAACAGAGGUGGAACUUCUCAAGAUGAAUGGACCAGAGAUGUGUUACUGGC